UUAUUGCUUGUUUGGUGCAUCUUCUUCCAUCUUCGAUCUUCCCCGUCCUUUAUCUCUCUCUCCCCUUCUCUCUCUCUCUCAACUCAGCGAUUGACAGACGCAGAGGACCUUGAGCAAUGGUAGCAGUCGGAGUGGACACGAAGCAGCCGGGGUCGGCGGCUAUGGACGAGACUUGCUCCGCCAAGGGAGGGUCGAAGCAAGGAGAGGGCCUGAGGCAGUACUACCUCCAGCACAUCCACGAGCUCCAGCUCCGUGUCCGCCAGAAAUCUCACAACCUCAAUCGCCUCGAAGCUCAGAGGAACGAGCUCAAUUCUCGAGUGAGAAUGCUCAGAGAAGAACUGCAGCUUCUUCAGGAGCCUGGGUCAUAUGUUGGUGAAGUUGUCAAAGUUAUGGGAAAAAAUAAAGUUCUAGUGAAGGUUCAUCCUGAAGGAAAGUAUGUGGUCGAUAUUGACAAAAAUAUUGACAUAACAAAGAUUACACCUUCCACAAGAGUUGCUCUCCGGAAUGACAGCUAUGUUCUUCACUUGAUCUUGCCUAGCAAAGUAGAUCCUUUGGUCAAUCUAAUGAAGGUUGAAAAAGUUCCUGAUUCUACUUAUGACAUGAUUGGUGGUCUUGACCAACAAAUUAAAGAGAUAAAGGAGGUCAUUGAACUUCCAAUCAAACAUCCCGAACUGUUUGAGAGCCUUGGUAUAGCUCAACCAAAGGGUGUUUUACUCUAUGGACCACCUGGUACUGGCAAAACAUUGUUGGCAAGGGCAGUGGCACACCACACUGACUGUACUUUUAUAAGGGUUUCUGGUUCGGAAUUGGUUCAGAAGUACAUUGGAGAAGGUUCCAGAAUGGUCAGAGAACUCUUUGUCAUGGCAAGGGAGCAUGCCCCAUCGAUCAUCUUUAUGGAUGAAAUAGACAGUAUUGGGUCUGCCAGAAUGGAAUCAGGAAGUGGCAAUGGAGACAGUGAAGUGCAGCGGACUAUGCUGGAGCUUCUUAAUCAGCUUGAUGGAUUUGAAGCAUCCAACAAGAUCAAGGUUCUGAUGGCCACAAAUCGUAUUGAUAUUCUGGAUCAAGCUCUUCUUAGACCUGGACGGAUUGACAGAAAGAUUGAAUUUCCAAAUCCCAACGAAGAGUCCCGUCUGGAUAUUCUCAAGAUCCAUUCCAGAAAAAUGAAUCUGAUGCGGGGGAUCGACCUGAAGAAGAUUGCAGAGAAGAUGAAUGGUGCAUCUGGUGCUGAGCUUAAGGCAGUAUGCACGGAGGCGGGAAUGUUUGCUUUGAGGGAGAGGAGAGUUCACGUGACGCAGGAAGACUUUGAGAUGGCAGUGGCCAAGGUCAUGAAGAAGGAGACGGAGAAGAACAUGUCCUUGCGCAAGCUGUGGAAGUAAAUCAACUUAAGCUGCUGCUGCUGCUGCUAAUAGGAAUGUACUUAUAUAACUCCCUCCAUAGCACUCUACUCUGUGAGAGAUCUACACGAGCUCAGCUUGUAGUCGUUCCCUGUUUUAAUUGUGGUUUCUGGUAGAUUCCAAUGCUGCGAUGCUCAGUUGCCUUUCAUGUUCUCCUUUUCAUAAAUUCCUCUUUGGGUUUAUGUUCUCUCGAACAAUUUGUUUAGAUAUCGGAUCUCGCAUCGCUUGCAAUGAAAGAAUUUUCAACAUGGACCAUGGAAGGGGAGUGCACGACACUUCAUGCGUUUGGUUGUA